AUGUGUAUAUUUAUAUGUAGGUUCUCGGUUGUUCCACAACCCCGCAACCCCUACAUUUUUUCCCCUCCCCGUUUAGCCCCACGGCCCUGCCAAGUUACACGAAUCAACCCCCGGUGCCAUAUAAGGGCCUGGGUCUUGCAUCUGAUUGUCGUCAUCCGUACGCACUCAAGAAAGACAACUUGGUAAGCCAUUUUAAUGUGGUUCUUCUUCGUCUUCGUCUGCGUCAUCUGCUUCUUCUUCUUCUAUAUAUUAAUGGCCCACGAUUAAGGUAUCGAUCAUUCUGGCUCCUGUCAGGGCCGGCCCUGGCUCCUGUGUAUGUAGAGGGGAUUCGCAAUGUUUGCUUGCCUGGUACCGAAGAGGAUAUCUCACUGGUUGCAAGGGCUGCACAGCGAUGAUAUUAGGAAAUUGAGGUUGAAUGACCUGAGGCAAUAGAAACACAUUUGUCAAGUGUUGUCGCCUCAACUGGUCCUUUUGGAAGCUUUUUCCAGUCUAUGAUUGUCUUUGGUAGGGAUGAGCAGUUCUUGUACUAUGUUCUUGCUUUUAUGAGCCGGAUCUGUCUGUCAUGUCCUCGUCGCUGUCUUUUGGGGGAGGAAGGGGGGGGAGACGAGUUUUGUUUCAUGUUGGAGCAAAGUACCAGCCCAGAUUGGUCAUCAAGUCUUCUACAAAUUCAAGGAGCUGGGUCUCAAUAAUGUUUUGACUCGGAAGCCAUGCUGACAGUCAUUGAGGGUAUUGUGCCUUUCAAUAAUAAUUUGCUUCAUGACUGCGCUCACGAUUAUAUUCACCAACAGUUUGCUCACCACGCUGGUGAGGGAUAUCGGACGGUAGUUCGCAGGGUCGGAAUGCUCACCUUUCUGGUAUAGAUUGGAGUGACAUGCGCUGUUCUCCAGUCUGUUGGAACAAUUCCCAUGCACAGCGACGAUUGGAAGAGGAUUAUCAGUGCAGGAGCGAUUUCAUUGACCAAUUCUUUGAGCACUCGUGAUUUGAUGUUGUCAGGACCACUUGCUUUGUAGGGGUUAAUGGUUUUGAGGAGGGCAAGCACACCCUGCUCUGAAAGCUGGAUAUCCUCCAUGAGUGGGUGGGCUCAGUUCAUCAUGUUGGUCUUGAGAAGGAACUGUACCCUGAAUCUCCUACAUGUUAGGGCUCAGCUCUGUCGUUGCACUUCUCGGGCUAUUUUACUGUCACCUCGGUCCUAGGGAUCGAAUCCUAAUUGAAUGACUUCGCUGUUGUACAACGUAAUCCCACCCUGAACCAUUACAUGCUGUGUUUGACUGUACGUUAUCUAGCAACCAGGGGCGUGGGAAGUGGGUAGGGGGAAAGGGCGGUCCAACCCGGGCGACUCUGUGAGCACUGAGGUUCUCAAUCAAUAAGUAGUCAAAAUCAUGGACAUCCCUGAGGGGUUGGGGGGGGGAGGGGGGGGUUGCGCACUAAACUAAAAGUCAAGGCCAAAUAAAUAGAUGGCACGGACGGUGACAUUGUACUUGACAACUGAUGAUUUUCAACUCGCUUGUUACACAGCACUGACCGGAUCGGCAUGGCUCACCCGAUCUCAUCCACCUUGAUUUAUUGGCCUAAAUCGUGCUACUUACACUUUCUAGAAAUUACGGGUUACCAAACUUUUUCUUUUUUGUUGAGGCGCGACGCCGUAUCUAGAAGCAAAGUGGCCGGCGAAGCCCUUUAAUUACACUUUAAAAAAAAAAGCUUUUAAAUAAGAAAAAAUAGGACACUUAAAAAAAGGUAAGGGAAUUUUCAUUAAAAUAUAAUCAGGCCAGCACCCACCUGGCGGCCCGCGAAGUAACGAAAUAUUCUUUAUUAUUAUCAUUUUCUUAAUAGCUUCUCCCCCCAACCCCCCGUCCUAAUCACCUCUCGGCCCGCCCAAGAUUUUCAUAAAGUAUUACGGCCCGCCUUAAAUUUUGAGUUGUCCAGGCCUGAAUAUAAAUCAUUGCAAUUUUAACGUGAUUCAUAUUCAGUGCGCAAUUUUAAAUUGUAACUCGUUAACACGGAACAAAAUUCACGGGUGGGUUUUCAGUAAUGAUAACGUUAAUGUCACACCAUUAAAUCUCUUAAUGCUUUAAGUUAUUUCAAACGAAGAGAGCGUUACAAAUCAACAAGUGUCCCGGAGAUACGUGGAAGCUAAGGGAAGUAUUAAAAUCUCAAGAGAUAAUGAUUCAAAUAGAAAUGUUGUUUAAACAUUUUAAUUUAAUUGUUUAGUUCAAACUGGCGACUUAGCAGAAAAUUUCUCGAAAGGGGUAACGAUCCAUGGUCUGUUUUUGGAACCAAGGUUCUAGAAUCUAAACAUAUAGGCAAGACCAGAUACAUCGUAUGAGUUCUGAGGCCUCCCUCUUUGCCAAUUUUCCGUUUCGUUCCCCCCUCCCACGCCUUAAGAUUGAAAUGUGACAACUGCAACUUUGGACCCAUUUAAAUACCCGAGGCCACCCUAUAGCAGCAGUGGUUGUAGGGCCCACGCCACUGCUCUGCCCCCGGCCCCCCUGUAGCAGCAGUGUUGGUAGGGCUCACGCCACUCACGCCACUGCUCUGUUGUCCCCCACCCUGAAGAAGCAGCAGUGGUUGUAGGGCCCAUGCCACUGCACUGCCCCCAGUAACAGCAGUGGUUGUAGGGCCUAUGCCACUGCAACCCCCCCUGUAGCAGCAGUGGUUGUAGGGUCCAUGCCACUGCACUCUCACCCCCCCCAACUAGUAACAGCAGUGGUUGUUAGCGCCAGUGGUCGUAGGGCCCACGCCCCUGCUCCGCUGCCCCCCCCCCCUGUAGCAGAAGGGGUUGUAGGGCCGACGCGACUGCUCUGGGGACAGAAGAAUUUGCCGUUUAAACUUUAUUCAUGUUCAAAUUCAAUAUUUCUUCCUGCACGUACAGGGAAGAUUGGCGAGAGUCAGACACGGUUGGAACGGAGCUUUUUUUUAAAAAAAUGAAGGUUGCUCUGAUCAUUCUGUUCGCCCUGCCCAUCGCAUUGGCCGAGGAGAGGACACCAAAACGAGUCUGCUUUGCAAAAGAGUAUCAAACGGAUUUUUACGACGCUAAAAACAACGUUAGUUUUACAUUUCAUUAAAUCCUAUGUUGACCCGAUACAUCGACUCAGCCUUCUGUCGUGUAACAUUUGAAUUUAUGCACCAAUGCUGAAAAUAUGAAAAAACAUGCACGCAAGUGACGCACUUUAUAAGAAUCCCUAUUAGUGCUAUUCCCCCUCCCCUCAAAUCUCGCAACCCAUACAUUUUUUCCCACCCCCACCCCUGAACUGUAUUAACCUUAAUACUCCAAUGACCCACCCACUUGAACACCACAGAAUAAUUUCGCCUGCAAUUACGGGAAAACAAAAGAAAAUAUUACGCACCAAACGCACUUGCGAUUAAUUAUUUUUUUUGGUCUGUAGUUUCGUCAUUUGCUAGUGUACCAUACUUCGACCUCCCUCGAACCCCACCCACCCCCCUCAACACACACACACACACACAAACAAACACAAAUUAAAACACCAUCUUCUCAACUGUGUUACCACAGAUGCUUGGGCGGCUGACUGUAGACUUCAACAGAAAGUUGUCCGCCUUCGUUUUCAAGCGUUCAAUGAUACGGCUUGUGUACGAUUUUGAACACGUAAGUUAAGUAAUUUAAAGUAAUUUAAAUCAAACGGCUUUAUAAAUAGUGAUAUGUAUACCGUGAUAAAGAUGAGGAUCAUACUUACAAAUUUGGCUUCAAAUUUCUUUUUGACCGUUUUUUGUUUUGUUUAACUGUAUGGUAUGGGGGCGUUCAAAGAGAAAUUGGACGAAAAUUUAAAACGUGUGAACGGAAAAAAAGAUUCGACCAAAUUUCCGUUCGAUCGAAUUUCCAUCGAUCAAUUUUUCCAUCGACGAAAUUUCAUUCGAUCAAAUUUACGGUAACCGGCGGGAACUGCGCUAUUUUAAUCUUCAUCGCCAGGUGGCACUGUGCGACUGUGCGCAAAAGCGCUGUAUUAUAUUAUUAUAUUUGUAGUUGUUUCUUUUGAUGGGAGGUUUGGCAAACUCACAGUCCAACAAAACUAUAAUAUACAGGUAUAAGAGGAGUCGAAAAUGAUUUGUGAAAAAUAAUCCUUAUGCCUUUCAUUUAUUCUUUAUCUGACUACUGCCCUGGGAUUCUCUCUCGCUCUCUCACACACACAAACACACACACACAGACCCCCCCUCUCUCUCUCUCUCUCUCUCUCUCUCUCUCUCUCUCUCUCACACACACACACACACGUACACAUGCACGCAAGUGCGCUAUAUCCCAAAUAAUUGUGUAAACCAGUAUUUUUUUAUACUCUUUUGUGUGUGUGUGUAGAGUUUGGUAUAUCACAUCUUUGAUCAAUAUUGUGUAUAUAACGAAGUUGAUGCUGAACACGCACCAAAUGGACAUUGCUUGAAAGGUUUGUACCAAAUAGACAAGUACUGUGUUAUAAAAUAAUAUAUUUAAGUGUUUGAAUAGGAAAAUACAAUUUUAUUCAGCAUAUGACACAUAUUUAUACAAUGGCAUUCACUUGGAACUGGACGACCCCGCCCACCACCCCUAAAAAUAUAAAUAUUUGAGCAAAAUGGCAAGAUAUGAAAAUAGAACUAUGAAAUUUGCGUCAAAGGAGUCUGAGAUAAAUUUAGUCCAUCUCCUGUGUAGCAGUGGCCUAAUGACUAAUUAAAACCAUCAUUUAUGGGAGUGCAGUUUUUUUGUCAUCCGCCCCCAGUCGGAAGUGGUAAGGUUUGUAAUAGAUGAAGCCGGAAUCAUUUGACGCCCUGUUUGGGGUGGGGGGGGGCGGUUCAGGUUGCAAGCAGCUCCACGGCUCGCUUUGAUGGGAAGCAGAGGUGCAAGCCUUGUGUGGUACAGCUUAGAUACAGAACUUCGUCCAAGAGGAGGAGGAGACGAGCAAAAUAUCACACAUUGCACCAUUACACAAAUUAUCUCCCUAAUCCUUUACAAUGGUCCUGCACAGCAUACGGCCCGCCAGCAACCAUUUUGUGGCCCGCGAGGUAGAGAAAUAUUCUUUUUUUCUUUUAUUUUCUUAAUAGACCCCCUGUCCUAUUUUCUUUUGGCCCGAAAAAGUCCUGUCCUAUUUUCUUUUGGCCCACACAAUUUUUUUAUAAAGUAUUACGGCCCGUCUUACAUUUUGAAUCUGGCUCUCAUGGCUCUGUUACCUUUAGAAUAUGGCUCCCAUAUCUCUGUUACCUUUAGAAUCUGGCUUGCGUGUCUCUGUUACCUUUAAAAUAUGGCUCCAAUGCCUCUGUUACCUUUAGAAUCUGGCUCACAUGCCUCUGUUACCUUUAGAAUCUUGCUCCCAUGUCACUGUUACCUUUAGAAUCUGGCUCGCGUGUCUCUGUUACCUUUAGAAUCUGGCCCCCAUUUCUCUGUUAUCUUUAGAAUCUGACUCCCAUGUCUCUGUUACUUUUAUGGCUCUAAUGUCUCUGUUAACUUUAGAAUCUGGCUCCAAAGUCUCUGUUACCUUUAGAAUCUCGUUCGCGUGUCUAUGUUACCUUUAGAAUCUGGCUCUCAUGUCUCUGUUACCUUUAGAAUCUUGCUCCCAUGUCUCUGUUACCUUUAGAAUCUGGUUCCCAUAUCUCUGUUACCUUUAAAGUUUGACCCCGUGUCUCUGUUACCUUUUAGAAUCAGUCUCGCGUGUCUCUGUUACCUUUAGAAUCCGUCUCGCAUGUCUCUGUUACCUUUAAAAUCUGGCUCUCAUGUCUCUGUUACCUAAAAUCUCGCUCCCAUGUCACUGUUACCUUAAGAAUCUGGUUCCCAUAUCUCUGUUACCUUUAGAAUCUGGUUCGCGUGUCUAUGUUACCUUUAGAAUCUGUCUCGCAUGUCUCUGUUACCGUUUAGAAUCUAGCUCUCAUGUCUUUGUUACCUUUAGAAUCUUGCUCCCAUGUCACUGUUACCUUUAGAAUCUGGCUCUCAUGUAUGUGUUACCUUUAGAAUCUGGCUCUCAUGUCUCUGUUACCUUUAGAAUCUUGCUCCCAUGUCACUGUUACCUUUAGAAUCUGGCUCGCAGCGACAUCAGUUUGCCAACCCGAAAAUGCCACCCACCCUUAAUUAGACACAAAGGUCCCAUCAGGGGCGGACCUUCCCCCGCAACCCUUCCUGCGCACGCCCCUGGUUCUCCCCUGUUCAAGUGUGUACAUUUUUUUUUCUAAUCGUCAUGUUUGUCUGGUGUGUUUUUGCUCUAUCCACCCGCAGACGAGGCAAAGGUGAUAGCAAACGGGAAAAUUAUAACGUCGACCGGGAAAUCCGGAAUCGUCAUCUACGAAAACCGAAGAGCAACGUUGGGAAAGAUGCAGAUCGUUACUACAG